GCUAAACUCAAAUCGAACUGAACUUAAAUCGAAAUCGAAAUCGUUAUCGUAAUCGUAACCGCAAUCGGAGAAGCAAAAAACCCAAACCCAGAAUGUCCGACCAAAUUGAGUCAACGAGCGGCAGGAAGAGCCAAUCCCAGAGCCAAAACCAGACCCAAAACCAGAGCCAGAGCCAGAGCCAGAGCACGAGGCAGAGCCAGUCGUCGCCACCGGAGUCGCCAGCAGCACCGGUGACCGAGGAGCAGGAGGCACCCAGCAGCAGCGGCAAUAGCAGCAGCAGCGCUGACAUUGGCACCAGCGACCCAAACACCGUUGCCCAGGGACCCGAAGCGGCCAAAGAUCUGGACCAUGAAUCUCAAGGCGACAGAACCCAGAAUCGGGACGAGUUUGGCACUCAACGCGUAUAUAAGAAAACGUCGCCGAAUUGUGUGCUCACCCUGUAUUUGCCAACCCGUGAGAUGAUUCUGACCGAUAACAAUCCAUCCGUGCUGCGUGGCAUUGUCUUUGUGGAUCCGAAGGCCAUUCAAGGAUAUCGCGUUUACGCCCAGCUAACGUUGACAUUUCGCUAUGGCCGCGAGGAUGAGGAGGUGAUGGGUUUGCGUUUCUGCAACGAGGCCAUUAUGUCGCUGCAUCAGAUUUGGCCACGCCUUGAAGAGCCGUCGCGCGAUUCGCUCAGUCCACUACAGGAGGCAUUGUUGCGGCGUUUGGGGGAUGGGGCCCAUCCCUUCACCCUGUCGCUGACCGCCCAGGCACCGCCCAGCGUCCAGCUGGUACCGGCCAAGCGUUACUACGGAGCUCCCAUUGGCACCAGCUACGACGUCCGCUGCUUCAUUGCCGACAAGACGGAUGAGAAGUUCCAUCGUCGAGCCGCCGUCAAAAUGAGCGUACGCGUCAUUUAUCGCACCGAUGUCUUUCAUCAGCACUCGGCCCCGGAGCAGUUUGCCGCCUUUGUCGGUCAGCACAAUGCCGCUCCAUCGCCGCCAUCAAGUGCAACGCCACCACCUGGCAACGAUGCGAACGCAGCAGCAGCUGCAGCUACAGCUGGAGCUGGAGGAGCUGGCCACGAGCAACCAUCGUCCUCCAAAGGCAAGGGCUCCAAGUCGGAACGCGGCGAUACGUUUCCCAAGCUGCGUCUAUCGCCAAAGUCAUUUAGGUUCAGCGGUCGCUUUGGGCGCAGCAAAAGUGAAAUUGAGAGAUGCCCCAACGAUCCUUUCCAUUGUUACAGCAAAUCUUUCCAGGAGCAUUGCGACAACAUUGGCAGCGGAAUGUUGCCGCCACACAGCAACGCGGGUGUCGCCGGCGGCAUUGGUGGCAUCAGCGUUGGACCCUGCGGCGGGCCACAGGGCGCCGUGGACAAACCAUUUCUGCUCCAUGACGGCCGAGUCAGCCUGAGGGCCAGUCUCGACAAGGGCUGGUACACGCACGGCGAGAAUGUCAACGUCACCGUCAACAUACGCAACGACAGCCGCAAGACGGUGCGCAAAGUGCGGGUUUGCGCCAUUCAGCACGUGGAUGUCUGCAUGUUCAACAAUGGCAAGUUCAAGAACGUAGUCGCCGAUUCGGACAAUGUGUUGCCGCCGGUUGAUCGGACCGUGCCACCUGGUGGCCAACUCAAUACGACUGUGGCGCUGCGUCCGCAGCGUGGACCUACCAAGAACUGGAUAGCUCUGGAGGAUACACUGCAGCGCAGCACCGAGCCGGAUGAGAUAACUGGCGUCAUCGCCGCAUCGGCUAUACGUUCACCGAACUUUGUAAUGCAGGCAGCCCAAUUGCUAACGGGACAACCGCUGCCCAGUCCGGCCAUACCCAUUGGCAUGCCACAGCCACCAAACACUGCCGCUGGCAAUGUGACGGGUGCACCCGGCUUUGGUGAGGAUCGCAAUGUGUUCGCCAUUUAUGUGUCGUACUACGUGAAGGUCAAGCUAACAUUAAGCGGCAUGGGCGGCGAACUAUCGCUCAAGCUACCAUUUGUCCUUGUCCACAUCGAUGAGUCAAUGCGUCCGUUGGCCGCAAUCGCAGACUUGCGCCUCGAGAAGCUGGCGCUGCACGAUGUGCCCGCUGGCCGCAAGCAAGGUGUGAAGAGGGGCAAAACAGAGACAGCGACCACCUCAACAUCCUCGUCACGGCCAUCGGAGGCAUUGGACGAUGAGCCCUCGACAAGUGCGGCUGCUGCGGCAGCGGCAUCGGCAUCGGCUGCGUCUACAAGUGGCAGGGACAUGAGGCAUCUGGACUGCAUCGAGAUGGCGGAUGAUGAGUUUCAAAUACGUGUGCCGGUGCCAACAAAUGCCCCGUCCCGAUAUGGCACAGGCAGCUCCAAUAAGCGCCGUCUGCAACGUAGCGAGACAUUGGCUGGUGACAUGGAGGUGGAUGAAGAGGAGCAAAUUGAGCAACAUCUGGUGCAGGUGCAUCUGGAGCGGCAGCCCGAGGGGCAGGAGCCAGACAGUCACCAACAGGUUGCCCCCGAAACGGGUGCGGUGCCAAAAUCAACGGAUGUCUGAUUCCGAUUGUGGUCCCAGAUGUUUGCCAAACGCAAGAAGCCGUAAA